CGUCCUCCCCGUCUGUGUGUCUGUGUGUCUGUGUGUCCGUGUGUCCGUGUGUCCUUCCUCCGCCUUCCCGCCCCACGUGCCCGGCUGGGCACCGUGCCCGGUUGGGCACCCUCCCCUCCCUCUGUCCGUGUGUCCGUCCGCCCGCCCGCCCCACGUGACCGGCUGGGCGCCCUCCCUCUGUCUGUUUGUCUGUACUGCAGAGGGAUUUGCCUUACUUCCCUGCAGGCACCAUAGGGUCCUUCAGGGAAGGCCAGGCCCAGCCUUCCCAUUUUAUAAAGGGGGAAACAGGCAUAAAAGGGUUUGAAGAAGUUCUGGGACCCAGGUCGCAGGGAAGAAAGGCUUGGGAACAUUGCCCCAGCACCCAGGAAGAGAUAAAUGGGAAGACCAGCACCCCUCCCCCCCCCUUCCCCUACUCAGUCUUGUCCUGGUCCUGAUAGGAAGAUUUCGGGAGGGGGUGGGGAAGAAUAGAGAAUCAGGUGGAAGCUGGACGGGGCUCUGCUUCUUAGCCCCCCCACCUCACCCCCAGCACUGAAGGGGUUAAGCAUGUCUGGGUUACCCCCAUCCCUGUGGGGACAGGAAACAGCUGAAGCUUCCUUCUUCAUGAAGGGGUGCAGACCCAGCAGAGGAGCAGGCACUGGUCCCCGGAGGCAGCCCAGGAGAGGUAGCUCACAUUCCUUCCCCUGGGUCCCUCUCUCUCCCUUGGUCUCUGGAAAGAGGGUCUCUUCCUGCUGGGCCCAGCUAUGAAUGGGGGCUGCUGUCUGGUGGCCUGGGCUGCCCUAUGCCUGGUGGGUGGGAGGGCGACCUCCUGGCAUCUGGGCCGACCCUUUGCUGCAGUGUGGAAUGUGCCCACAGCCCGAUGCCAAACCCACUUUGGCCAGCCCCUGCCCUUGGAGCCCUUUGGCAUCGUGCACAACCAGGCCCAGCGCUUCCGAGGCCAGAAUGUCACCAUAUUCUACAAGAACCAGUUUGGCCUUUACCCCUACCUGGGGCCAGGGGGUGUCGCCAACCACGGAGGUGUCCCCCAGGCUGUGCCCCUGCGCAGGCACCUCGCCCUGGCUGCCCGCCAGAUCUCUGGCCUCAUGCACAAGGGCUUCAGAGGCUUAGCUGUACUUGACUGGGAAGAGUGGCACCCACUUUGGAACCGGAACUGGGGGCCUCGCCAGGCCUACCGUAAGGCAUCGUGGGCCUGGGCACAGCAGCAAUGGCCAGGUCUGCCUCCUAAGCAGCAGUGCCUAAGGGCUCGGGCAGCCUUUGAGCAGGCUGCUCGGGCACUGAUGGAGGGCACCCUGCAGCUGGGGCAAGCGCUUCGUCCCAGGGGGCUGUGGGGUUUCUAUCGCUUCCCUCUCUGCCGAAGCCCCUGGCGGGGCAGGCACAAUUACACCGGAAAGUGCCAGCUGGCAGACAAGGCCUACAAUGACCAGCUGCGCUGGCUUUGGGAAGCCUCUAGUGCCCUCUUCCCCAGCAUCUACCUUCCACGUGGCCUGCCCCGGGCCUAUCGAAAGAGCUAUGCAAGGCACCGGCUGGAAGAGGCUUUCCGAGUGGCACGCUUUGGGCACCCACGUCCUCUGCCCGUGCUAGCCUACACCCGCCUCACUCACCUCAGCUCUGGGCAGUUUCUGUCCCAGAAUGACCUGAUUCAGACCAUUGGUGUGAGUGUGGCCCUGGGGGUAGAAGGUGUGGUGCUCUGGGGCGACCUCUCUAUUUCCAGUUCUGAGGAGCGGUGCAGGCUUCUCCAGAGCUACCUGUCAACCACCUUGGGCCCCUACUUAAGCAAUGUGACGAGGGCUGCCUGGGCCUGCAGCCAGCAGCUGUGCCAUGGCAAUGGGCGCUGUGCCCGACGGGAGCCCAGCAAUGAUGACAUCUUCUUGAACUUGGAACCAACAGUUGCCCUCAGGGAAGACCCUGCCAAAUGGAGUCACUUCCGAUGCCUCUGCUACCCAGGCUGGGCAGGCACUGCCUGCAAGAUUCCUGUCCCUGGCACAGAAUGAAGGGGUAUCUUUGAGCCCCGUCCCCAGAGGAUUCCCGAUUGUGGGGACCAAGCUAUGAGCCACCUCUAUGUGUCCUUGCCUUCUGAGCUUCCUUAAGUUGUUCCCACUGGCCUUUCAUUCUUCCAGACUCCAAAAAGACUGGUUCUGGGGGCCUUUUCCUGCCUGUUUCCUAAAACUCCCCCUUCUUCUACAUGGCCUGGAAGUGUUCCCUUCUGUUUCUUUACUGUGCCUGAAAGCCCUGGGUUUAGGAACUCAAUUUUUGACUUCGACUAAAUUCCUUCCCCUUUCAAUGCCUCAUAGUCCUCAUUUUUUUUUUUCCUGAGUCAGAGAGACAGACACAGAGACAGAGAGAGACUUGAAGUUCAAGCUGGUGGGACCUCAAAAAAGAAAACCCUAAUUUUAUAGAUGAAGAGUCUGAGACCCAGAGAGAAAAAGGGAUUGACCAAAGUCAGCUAGUUUUGCAGAAUCAGGAUUUGAACCUGGGUCCUCUGAUUCCAAAUCUAACAUUUUUUCCCACUACACUGCAAAAUGAGGGGAUUGAACCAAAUGAUCUAUAAGUUUCUCUCCAGCUGUAAAUACUAAAAAAAAAACCAACCCUCUGGGUUCAAUGUAAUGUUUGGUCUAGGCUUUAAAAAAGAGCCCUAUUCUCUGGCUUUGGCUGGCACCCACAGUGCAGCUACAUCCUGGAUAUCCCUGUGGCCUUGAGUCACCUUCCUCGAACCUUACAGCCCUGGAUUCAAGUACUUGGGCACAAGGGACAUGAACUGGCAUUGGUGGGUCUGAACAUCUACCCAUAUACCCCUGGAUACGGUGUUUGUGGUAUAUGCUUUGUCUUGGUCUGUAGUUUCAUUCCACAGUUAGGUGGGAUCAUAAAAUCAUUUUUCCUU